UUCCUCGCUAACAAUCAUUCCAAUCGGUGUGGUGCCUUCGAAAAGUUCUUUGACUUUUUGUUUGAGUUUCUUUGCAAAUUCAGGGGUUUUGGAGGCUCUAUUCGUCGCGUAACGUUACCAUCGAUGAAAGGGGAAGUGCAGCUAGAGCCAACAGGAACAGCUGGAGGGAACCCUAGUGACUCCGAUCCUCUGCUAGAGAACCAGGCCGAUUCGCCACCAGGGAGCUCUAGUGAGAUCAAGGAUGAAGAUAUCGAGGCCGGUACGAUUCCGUGUUGUCGCAUUUGCCUCGAGAGCGAGAGCGAGGGCGAGCCAGAGGAUGAAUUAAUAUCUCCAUGCAUGUGCAAAGGCACUCAGCAGUUUGUUCAUCGUUCAUGUCUUGAUCAUUGGCGUUCAGUUAGGGAAGGAUUUGCUUUCUCACAUUGCACCACUUGCAAAGCUCAGUUUCACCUUCGACUUACAGUUUUUGAGGACAACUCUUGGCGUAAGAUAAAAUUCAGACUUUUUGUGGCAAGGGAUGUCUUCCUUGUAUUCUUAGCUGUACAAACUGUAAUUGCUGUAAUAGGUGGCUUUGCAUACGUAAUGGAUAAAGAUGGGGCCUUCAGGAACUCCUUCAGUGACAGUUGGGAUCGGAUUCUAUCAAAACAUCCAAUACCUUUUUAUUACUGUAUAGGGGUACUGGCCUUCUUUGUGCUGCUUGGAUUUUUCGGGCUUAUACUUCAUUGCUCCUCCCUCAAUGGUAAUGACCCGCGGAUGGCUGGCUGCCACAAUUGCUGUUAUGGAUGGGGCAUCUUGGAUUGUUUUCCUGCAUCUAUGGAGGCAUGUUUUGCCUUGGUUGUAGUUUUUGUCGUCAUCUUUGCCAUUCUUGGAAUAGCUUAUGGCUUCCUUGCUGCCACCAUGGCCAUUCAGAGGAUCUGGCAAAGACACUACCACAUCCUUACCAAGAGGGAGCUCACUAAGGAGUACAUAGUGGAGGAUCUUCGUGGUUGUUAUACUCCGCCAAAACUGGAUCCAGAACACGAAGCACGACUGAAAAUGCUUAAGCUUUUAUAGUAAUGGACGCUGAAGUGAAUUUAUGUCUUUUUCAAGUGUUUUUAAAUUAAUCAGCAUAUGAGAGCUACAAUGUGUAUUUGCUCCGCAACUUUGUUUAAUACAGUGGAGUGUAAAGAGAAUGGGUCUUAUGUUGUAAGUGCUCACCAAGGUGCGUACUUGAUCUUGCAAAGCUGACUGAAAAAUGAUUUGAAAAUGCCCUAAUAUAAUCAUCUGUGCAGUUAUUCUAAA